CCGACACAUCACUAAACUACCACUCCCAGAAUGCACCUCUGCUCUGGUUUCAUUACACUGUUGAUGGCGUCUGGUCGAAGGCUAAAGACAGGUCGCCUUCUGACAAACACAUAGGCCGUCGGACUGUUAACGGUGUUGACAGUCUCAGUGUGACACAAUGGAGGUGGAGAGUGUCUCAGUGGAAGAUGAGGGUCGUCUGACCCUGCUGAGGUUUGAGGCUGCUGUUAAAGUGAUCAAGAGUUUAGCCCCUGAUGGUCCCUUUCAGCCCUCCAAUGACAUGAUGCUCAAGUUCUACAGUUACUAUAAACAAGCCACUGUGGGCGCGUGCAAUAUACCCCGACCUGGAUUCUGGGAUGCAGUUGGCAAAGCAAAAUGGGAUGCGUGGAAUUCUCUCGGAGAUAUGCCAAAAGAAGAAGCGAUGGCUGCCUAUGUGGAUGAGAUGAAGCUGAUCCUGGAGGGUAUGCCCAUGACUGACGAGGUGGAGGACCUCCUACGCGUCCUCGGACCGUUUUACGAGUUGAUCGACGACAAGAAAAAGAUCACGCAGAUAUCAGAUCUGAGCACGGCCCGUUUGACACAGUUUGCUAGGCAACUGGAAGGUCUUGGCACAAUGUUGAAUUCGAUGCCGUCGAAAAGCGUCGCAAAGAGCAUCGUCAGAACGAUGGAAAUGAACGGCACACUGGAGACCCGUCCUGCCAGGCUCAAGCCGAAGGAAGUGGAGGAAAAGUCAGAAGAAGAAGAAGAAGAGGAAGAAGAAGAAGAAGAGGAGGAGGAGGAAGAUGAUGAGGAGGAGGAGGAAGAAGUGAUACAGGAAGUCAGAAAAGACAAGAAAUCAGCAGCUUCACAGCCAAAGAAGAAGGGUUCAGCCAGGAGACCCAAAGCGCCCCUGUCCAACGGUAAAGUGGCCAACGGGGUCAUCCAUCUGACCAAUGGGAGCCACUCCAGGGCUGCCCUGAACGGUGGCGACUCUCACGAGGGGUCAGUCGGCGAGCCUCUGCUCAACGGUCACCAAACAGAUUCCAGUGUAGACGUGUCUGGUCUCACCCACCUGGCCAGCGACUCAGACAGCGAAGUCUACUGUGAUUCUGUGGACCAGUUCGGUCAGGAAGAGAGCUCAGACCAUAACCGGUCUUUGGAUGACCUAGAUGAGGAGGAGAACCACGUCCUGCCAACUCUAGAGGAACCACAGGAGGACGUUGACGGUGCGCCGCAGGGCAUCAGGUGUGGAGGAGAAGAUGGAGAGAACGGCGGGACAAUGUCGCAGAGACAGAGACUGAACGCAGGCAUGCCGGACGGCUCUUUGGUCAGAAGAGGAAGAGGCUCCAGGUCUCCAGGCCGCGGCUCGGGAUCUCUGAUGCCCAUGUACGGCGGUGGAGGCAGGGACGGGGAACGCUGGGGAGGAGCCGUAACGCCCGGAGGGAGCCUGAACGAGCAGAUAGUCGUGGCGUUGGCGAGACUGCAGGAGGACAUGCAGAGCGUUCUGCAGAGGCUGCACACCCUGGAGGCUCUGACUGCGAGCCAGGCAAGAUCAAUGUCUCUGUCUCCAACUUAUGCAUCAACCCCAGUGAAUAAGAGGAGUCAGAAACCAUCCUGGUGGCCUUUCGACAUUUCUCCGACCAGUUUGGCCUUCGCCGUUAUCUGGCCAUUUGUGGUCCAGUGGCUUAUUCGCCUAUACAUGCAGAGGAGAAGACGAAUCAACUGAACCUGUAACACCCAGACGAUAUGGAGGAGUCCUCUAAAUGUCUUUGGUUGGGUUGCUAACGGCUGUAACUCCCCCUGCUUAGACCCACAGCCCAGUAAUUUGCUUUUGCACUAUGAAGAAGGUACCUAGAGUAACAAGCGAGAUGAAGAAUAUCUCUCAAAGUGUGUUGUGUACUGUGGAUGUGGAAUCAAAUAGAAACAUGAAUGUAUGAGGCUCGCAGCCUGUGAUUAUCAGAUGAUGCCACUGUACUGGAAAAUCUUUUAUCUCUGUAACAAAUGGUUUGUGUUGAGAGAGGGGGGGGAAUUUACACACGUUUUUAUAAACUACAGCAGCUUCAAUCAAUUAUUUCCAUAAUAACUAAGGCUGUGUUGCACAUAAAAUGGGCCUGAUAUUUUGUUGUUUUGAGCUUGAUGUGGUUAUAAAUUUUCAUUUAGUUGCCCAGGCAAUGCUGCUAUAAUAAAAAAUGUGUAAUUUAGAAGAGAAGAUUGAAUGUAGUAACAUAUCGAUAUAUGAAAUUCUUUUAAAUUCUGAGAAUAAGUUAAUAUUUAUUGCUUUUAGCGAGGGCAUUUGCUGGCCAGAUCUCAGCUGUAUAAAUGAGGUUAUUAUGUUUAAAGUGGGCCGCUAAAUGUUGUGUAUAGGUUAGACGAGGUUAGCGAUGUGUUCUCAUCACCUGUCCUGCUGCAUAUCAGUCUGUGCUUUAUGUCAAGUUGUUUUCCAAAUAGAAGAAGUGCCUCAACAUCAUAAGGUACAUCCAUACUGUAGGUGAUGCAUAACAUUCACAUAUUGUAGCAUUACUGUUCCAGUGCUGGACCAAAUUAACAUGAAUCAUACUACCUAGUUCAGCUGUGAGGUGGUGAGAAUAUCCAACAUCCUCAUUGUCCACUCAGCUGUCUGAUCAUUAAUGCAUAACUCUCGUCACCGUCCGUGUUGUUUACGCUGUUUUCUAUUUUGUAUAAUUUUAAUGUGUGAUGUAAUGUUUGUACGACUAUUGUGGAAAGAUCGUGUGACAGUAAUCAUUAAUGGUUUGCAAAGAUCUAUGUAAAAUUGUAUAGAAUAGCUGUACAGCUCAGAUUAAAAUGCAGUAUUUUAAUUGCAUUCCCAUGUAUUAUUAUUAUUAUUAAUAUAGAAUAUUAUAUCAUUUACAAAGGUUUGCAUCUGCGAUAGCACUAAUCUUUGCAGAGCCUUUAUGUUUUAAUAAAAAAAUCAAUAGUUUACCUUUCUACUGAAAUGUGCUAAUUAUUAAGGCUUUCUCACCCUCUCUGCCUGUGGACAGAGAGGUGUUUGCAUGUGAUAAUCCAAGCCUCUAAUAAAAGUUUUCAUAAAGUA